GAGUUACGCCUACCUUCUUGAUCAUGUCCAAACAGUUCAACUAUUGACUUGAUCUAUGUUUAAUUUACUUUAGUUUUUUAUAUAUUCAUGCUCCUUUUGCCUUUUCACACAAUUGCUUCUCUUAUAAAUACACAUUCCUACCAUUCUCUCCCCUCAAAUAUAUCACCCCAAAGCUAAUUAUCUUUAAUUUGCAACUAUGAAGUUCAAAGAAACAGAUCAGCUCCCUAUUCCCUCUCCGCCCCUCUCCCUAACAAGGUGGUGGUCGGAGGAGACAGUAGCGAUAGUGACUGGAGCAAACAAAGGAAUUGGGUUUGCGCUGGUGAAAAGAAUGGCGGAGUUGGGACUGAAGGUGAUAUUAACAGCCAGAGACACUGAAAGGGGUUGCAAGGCUGUUGAAGCACUGAGGGCUCAAGGUCUUCAUAAUAUUACCUUUUUCUGCCUCGAUGUUUCUGAUCCUUAUUCUAUCAAAACCUUCUCAUCAUGGUUCACAGAAAACUUUGCAGCCUUGGAUAUUCUUGUGAACAACGCAGCAGUUUCGUUCAACGAAAUCAAUGAAAACUCAGUGGAACAUGCCAAGACAGUAAUAAAAACCAAUUUCAAUGGACCAAAGUUACUGACUGAGGCUCUCUUGCCCAUGUUCCGUACCUCAUCCAUUAGUCGAAUACUCAAUCUCAGCUCUAGACUUGGUUCCCUAAAUAAAGUGGGAAACCCUAGCAUUAAAGAGGUUCUAGAAAGCGAGAAACUAUCAGAGGAUGAUAUCGAGGCAGUUGUUAGCUUGUUUCUGGAACAAGUGAAGACCGGGACAUGGAAGACCGGAGGUUGGCCUGAAUUGUGGACGGACUAUGCGGUGUCGAAGCUUGCACUGAAUGCAUACACCAGGGUUUUGGCAAAGCGCUACGAAGGAAGUUUGAGUGUGAAUAGCUUCUGUCCCGGCUUUACUCAGACCUCGAUGACUCGGUGCAAGGGAGAUCACACCGCCGAUGAUGCGGCCAUUGUCGGUGCUAGGCUGGCCUUGCUUCCUCCAGACAAGAUACAGAGUGGAAAAUUUUUUCUAUGGGGUAGUAGCAGUAGUACUAGUACCAGUAAUAAUAAUGUGGUGGUAUCCUCCAAGUUAUAACUCAGAAAUUCGAUCUUGAUUUCAUUAAUUUGGUGAACUGAGAUUUAGAAUGUAGGCAUCUUUAGCAUGUGAAAGGCUCUGGGUACGCAGUACUUGUUUUUGGUGUGUAAAAUUUAAUAAUUAAUUGGAUCGAAUCUCAAUCCAGUAGUGUGUACGUACUUGGUAGAA